AUGUUCCGCCCCGGACACUCGCUGCCCCGGAUUCCAGUCGGGAUCUUCUCCCAGCACGCAGGGCACAUCUGUCCCGUUUUCCCGACCCGAGUUGCCUCUUCUCCGCUGUCGAACGUCCUCCUGCCCCCCGCUCCCAUCUUCAGCUACGGUCUGCUCCAGAGCUGUGUGCCGCCCGACCCCUGCAAGCAAGCGCUUCUGCUCGCCACACAGGCGGCAGGACUGGCCGGCCUCACAGACUACCCCGAUGAGUCGAAGCCGGUAAAGCAGCGGCGAGCACGGGCUAACUACAGCAGCUGGCAGCUGGAGGAGCUGGAGAAAGCAUUCAAGGCAACACAGUAUCCAGACAUCUUCAUGAGAGAGGCCCUGGCACUCAGGUUGGACCUGAUCGAGGCCAGAGUACAGGUUUGGUUCCAGAAUCGCAGGGCUAAGAUGAGGAGACAGUUAAAGGUGCAGGGCAGAUCCUCGGAGAAGAGCAGAGUCCAAGAGGCAAGCAACAGUACAGAGGAGGAGAAAGGCGACCAUCUGAAUAUCAAUGUGGUCAGUGACAAGACGGAGAAAGCCACCUUCCCCUGGCCUGGAUCCCAGGUACAACGAGGGGAGCACCUAGUCGCUCCCCCUUUCCAGGCAGUGGUCCAGGGGAUCAGAGACAAUUCCAGCCCCAGCCCCAGUCCAGAGGAGAUUCGCAGCUGCAGCAUUGCCACACUCCGAGCAAAGGCAAGGGAACACGAGGCCGAGAUACACUGUGGGGCUGCCAAGCUGCUCCCUGUCUCCCCAGAGACUCAGGAGACCAUUGACGAUGCCAAUGACAGUGGUUUGUAA